GGCGGCGGGAUUCUGCCCCUCCAUGACAUCCAGCGGGACUGACUGACUGCUGCUGCUGCGCACACGGAAAGAGGAGCGAUCGUCAAAUACAUGAUCCGCCUAAUCCCUCAGCCCUGCUCGAGCUCCGGGACUGCUAGAUAAUAACGCGCUCGAGCGGAAUCCGCAGGCCCGACGGACGCAGACACGGAUAUAGCGGCGCUUGGGUGACUUUAAUUGAUUGGGGUCUGUCGAGGAUGAGGCUGAUCAAGAGCACACAUGCGGAUGGAGAGGAGAAGCGGGAGCUGCCUCCUCCGUUCAGAAACCCGUUCGUGCACGACCUGAGGUUCACGACGGCGCAGAAGCUCCAGAUCGGUUUGAUGACGGUGACGCUCUUCCCCAUUCGGCUCUUCAUAGCGGCGUUCAUGAUGCUGCUGGCCUGGCCGUUCGCUUUCAUCGCUUCAGUGGGCCGCUCCGAGACGGCGGUGGAGCCGCAGUGCUUAUGGAGAAAGCUGGUGGACGUGGUGCUAAAGACCAUCAUGCGGGUCAUGUGGUUUGCCGGCGGUUUCCACUGGAUCAGCAUUAAGGGCAGACGGGCUCUGCCGGCCGAAGCGUCCAUCCUCACCCUCGGCCCGCACUCGUCCUACUUCGACGCCAUGCCCGUCACCAUGACCAUGGCGUCGAUUGUGAUGAAAGCGGAGAGCAAAGACAUCCCGGUGUGGGGCACUCUCAUCAAAUACAUCCGGCCCGUGUUCGUGUCGCGGUCGGAUCAGGACUCCAGACGCAAGACGGUGGAGGAGAUCAAGAGAAGAGCUCAUUCAGGAGGAGCGUGGCCACAGAUUAUGAUCUUUCCAGAAGGGACGUGCACCAAUAGAUCCUGCCUGAUCACAUUCAAACCAGGAGCGUUCAUUCCUGCGGUUCCUGUACAGCCUGUCGUGAUCCGCUACCCAAACAAACUGGACACUAUCACGUGGACAUGGCAGGGGCCUGGAGCGUUUAAGAUCUUGUGGUUAACGCUCUGUCAGCUUCACAAUGAGUUUGAGAUCGAGUAUCUGCCCAUUUACUCGCCCUCAGAGGAGGAGAAGAAGAAUCCAGCGCUCUUCGCUCACAACGUGCGCCGCUUGAUGGCAAAGGCCCUGCAGGUCCCCGUCACAGACUACUCGUUUGAGGACUGUCAGCUGGCCAUGGCCGAGGGUCAGAUCCGGCUGCCCGUCGACACGUGUCUGCUGGAGUUCGCUAAACUGGUGCGCAGUCUGGGGCUGAAGCGUGCAAACUCAGAGAAGCUGCUGCAGGAUUAUGGGAAGCGAGCUGCUAAGCUGCAGGGUCAGAGACUGAGUCUGGAGGAUUUCGCCCAGUUCCUCGACCUGCCCGUGUCAGACGAGCUCAGACACAUGUUCGCUCUCUUUGACGAGAAUGAAGACCACUCGAUGGACGUCCGGGAGUUUGUGAUCGCCUUCUCUGUGGUGUGUCGGCCUGCAAAAACCCUGGACACCAUCCGGUUGGCCUUCCAGAUGUUUGAGGCAGAAGAGGACGGUGCGAUCACAGAGAACGAGCUGAUGUGCAUCUUGAGGACGGCGCUGGGCGUCGGAGAGCUGAAAGUCGGUCGUCUGUUCAGAGCCGUCGAUGAGGAGGACUCGGGCAAAAUCACCUUCGAGAGCUUUAGGGAGUUUGCCGAUCAGCAUCCAGACUUCGCCGAGCAGUACCUCUACUCGGACAACGCAGGCUUCGGCAGCAGCUCCCCGUCCCACGCCGCCAACGGCUUCUGCGCCGACUUCAGCCCCAGCGAGCAGAAGAAACUCGACUGAGCGUCGCUGCAAUGUUUACUUCCUGCUGUCCGUGACAUCUGAUUGGUUCCUUUACGCUUGCUGGUUUUCUCUUCCUCUCAGCAUCUUUAUUUUAAAAGCAAAUUGAAGGGAAUUUGUUUCUUUCUAUCUCUCUCUUUUUUUUUUGGUAAAAGACAUACUUGAAAGCCAAGCACUUAUUUCGUUUCUCAUGAGGUGAUUUAUUUGUGUGACUGAUACUGACCGACUGUGCAUGUUUUUGAAAUACGGGAUGAAAACAUCCAGUCAGUAAUGAAUCCUGAUGUUUUUUUCGCUCUCAUUCGGUCCCUCGCCGUCCACGCCGUUUUCCGUCUUUUCAUGACUGUAGAUGCCUUUAUGAAUUCAUAAGUGAGUAUUUGCAUGGGCUCGAUGCUUGAUAACAGUAUUACUCAGUAUUUGACUAUCUGAUCGUUGAGCGCCAGUGACAGAUAUCUGAACUCUGUCUCCUCCUGCUGGACGGACGCGAGCAUCAGAUUUGAGGUGCAAAAUACGACUGGAUGAAGUGCUGGUCUGAAUCAGAAUGAGCCAGUUUUUAUUAUAUCUCCUGAUUCCUUAAUAUUUCGUCCCUUCGCUCAGGGGAAAGCGGCUAACGGUGUUUGUUUUGGGUAUGUGUGUGUGUGUGUGUGUGUGUGUGUGUUUUAUUUCUUUUCUCAUCCUUUUGUACAGUCCGUUGCACAUUUACGAAUUCUGGAUGUCCAGUAAUCAAUUCAUGAUCACAUCACAAUCAGCUGGGGUUUUUUUGGAGGGUCAUUUAAUUAUUUUUUACAUUUUAUUUUGAUUUACUUCAGGUACUGAAAUAAACUGCUAAAAUCUUGCUUAAUAUGGACCAAAUACAGAAUAAUGACUGUGGUGUAGUUAGAGAAUCAGGAAUCUGAACAAUGUUACUCAUUAGAUGUAGUCGAUAACAGAGCGUUUACCUUUUUGAUAAACAUAUUCCUGUAUUUUUCUAUUUUUCACUCACAGAGGCAAGUUAAAAUUUGACUUCAAGUCUGAUAAUUUGGCCAAUACAAGUGGCUUAUUCUAAUACUAUAGUACAUUUUUAUCUGCAUUUUACAUCAAGUAAAGUCUUCCUUUCUUCAUUUGAGCUUCGGUUUCUUCACGUGAACAAUCAGAGUCUGACUGAUGUCACAUUCAAUCCCUAAUGAGUGAUGUUUUGUGGUAAAUGGACAAUUUGUUUUCAUGCUUUAACAAACAGCCGAGUGAAUAAAUCUACUGCCUGAUGUAAUUGAAAACAUUUAUUGAAUCACAUUUUUUUUUUUUUCCCCAUUUGAACAACACAGUGAGUCUGAAGUCAAGCGAUAUACAGUUAUUUUCUUAAAGUUUGGUCUUAAAUUUGAUUUACCACAGAGAUUUCAAAAGUUCAAGAGAUUAUUUUGCUAAAGGAUGCUGUUAUUAUUCAUAACCUUUUUAUAAGAUUUUUUUUAUGGUUGAUGAACUAAUGUGAAGAUGCAGGUUUGAUUUCCUGAGGUUCGAUCAGUUUAGUCUCCACAGCGUUUCACCGACACCUCAGUCGUCUGCGUUUAUUACAAUCUGGCAUGUUUGAUUCACACUUCAGUUUUCUAGUGAAGUCCGUCGGACCCUUCAAAGGCCUUCGCUGUCAGUUCUCAAUUCAACUCACAUUUUUGGCAAAGCAAUAUUUUAUCGAUGUCACCACCUUUUUAAAAAAAUGAUUUCUGAUAUGUAUUUUGAAUAUUCCGAGUGCUGGGCAUUUUGUGAAUUUUGAUAUACAUAAAAGAAUUUCUUCUCACUGCCAUGACAGAUCUGUGAUCUAAAGUGUUAUUUUCAGAUUGACCUGGUUAACUGGUAUGAUUAGCUUCUGUCGUUCUACACUUUCUGUGACGUUUUCCUUGCUGAUGGUGUUAUGUAUGUACUUACUAGGGUUACAGUUUCUCUUUUUUUCCAAAAUGAUAGAGAUUUCACAAAGAUUACUGUUGGCCUUGAAUUUCAGUGUAAUUUUAAUGAGGAAAAGAGAAUGUAUUGACAAUCCAUCACAAUCAGCAGUCAAAAGCGCAUCAUUUCAGUGGCAAUAGUCUCAAACGGGAAGCGGUGAGUGGUGGAUCUGGAGCCUGACGUACGGAGUCUCUGUACUCAUGACGGCCCCGGUCUCCGGCUCAUCUCAGUCCGUCUCGGUCCGUGGUUUUUCUCCCGUUUUCUCAAUUUGAUGUGUAUUUACUUGUGCUGGCACUUUAGAUUUGGAAGCUUUCUUUUCGUGAAUCCUCUGACAAAUGUGACGGUUUGCUGGUGUUCAUGUACAUGUGAACGGUUACAUGUUACAGUGAUCGGUUUCUGUGUUACAGUAACUGGUUACUAUGUUACAGGGAUCGUUUCUUUGUUACAGUAACUGGUUACUUAUGUUACAGUGAUUGGUUUCUGUGUUACAGUGAUCGGUUACGAUGUUACAGUAACUGUUACAGUGAUUGGUGACUGUUAAAGAUAUUGGUUUCUGUGUUAUAGUGGUCGGUUUCUGUGUUACAGUAACUGGCUACUAUGUUACAGUGAUCAUUACUGUGUUGCAGUGAUUGGUUUCUGUGUUACAGUAACUGGGUAUGUUACACUGAUUGGUUACUGUAUUACAGUAUUUUUUUUUUUUUUUUUUUUUUUUUUUUUUUACACUGUUGCAGUCAUCAGUUGCUGUGUUACAGUGGCUUUGUUUUGAUAUGUAUCUGUACAGAUGAUACUGGAUUGAGCAGAAAGGGAUUGUGGGUUUGCUCUGGAUCUGAUGGGAAUCAUUGUCUGUCUGUUUGUAAAAAUCAUGAAGCCUGUUUUUUGUUUUUUUGUUUUUUUUCAUUGUAAUUGUAUUUUUGUAACAAACACACAUUUACACCAAAUUCACAUUAUUAUAAUGAAACAAAGUGUUAUUUCUGAGAAGAAAAUAAAAUGUAAUGUUGUUUUGAAUGAAACAAUCACUUUUGGUGUUUCAAUACUGUAUUAGACUAAUGAGAAUAACAAAGAAAAACAAAUACGUAUUAAAUUGUCAAGAAAAUGUCAUAAAAAUAUCUCAAUAGUUUCACUUGCUGAAUUGGCUGGAAUUGUAUUGAAUUAAGUCAUAUGUAAUAAUCAGAAAUGUGUGAUCUGAGCAAACCUCGGUCUCCUUUCUGACAAACAGAAGUGGUGAUUUAAGAUGGAAAGAGUUUUGUUUUUCAUUGUUUUCAUCAUUUUUGUAAUGAAAUGAGGACCCAGCAUCUCUAGUGUAUACCUUUUUUUUUGUUUUGUUUUUUCUCCACAGUAGAGUUUAUUUUAAAUACCUCACAGAAGACCUGCUCUGCUGUGUUCAUAAAAGUUCCUGUAUUUAUUUCUCUGGUGUCUGUGACGUGUGUCUAGCGCUGAGCUGAAGAAGAGAGGCUGAACUCCUCCAGGUCAUGUGUCUUUCUGAUGGCUCUUCUGACACUCGUCCAGCUGAAGUAGAUGUUAGCUCUGUUUUCUAUUUUGCCCUGACUUUUAUUUUGUAAUGUAUCAAAAGAGUCAUUUUUACAAGAUUCCUGGGCUUGUCCGUUUUGACUGCUAUGAAAUGACUUGUCAUUCUGACUCUUUAAUAAAAAAGGGACACUUGACCACA